GUCGUCUAUAAAACACAGCGAGAGCUUCACACGACAUCACAGUCUCAAACUCACAGCAGAGGAGAUAUUAAACGGUAUCGGAACUUGACGUGGAUUUAAACAAUGACUUUUGAAGAAUUUACUGGACAAGACAACGCGGCUGACACAGGCGAAAGGAUGCAAAGUGCAGGAACAGCACUAGAGGAGCUUCUGGUCUCCGCUAAAAAACAGGACUGCCUCACCGUCGGGGUUUACGAGUCCGCACAAGUUAUGAAUGUUGACCCGGACAGUGUGGCUUUCUGCGUCCUGGCUACGGAUGAGGAGUACGAGUGUGACAUCGCCCUCCAAAUCCACUUCACCCUCAUUCAAGCCUUCUGCUUCGAUAACGACAUAAACAUCGUUCGCGUAAACGACAUUGAACGCCUUGCUGACAUCUUGGGCGCCGACCAAAACGACGAACCUAAGGAUGCGCACUGCAUACUUGUAACGAGCCCCAACAGUGACACUUGGAAAGACUCUGCUCUUAAGAGACUGGGCAUGUUUUGUGAGGAGAGCCGCAAUGUUUAUGAAUGGGUGCCUACUAUUACCCUGCCUGAGCGUUGAUAUGGGACGGCUUUAGCAUGUUUACAUGUGUGAAGCAGGAAACAAGUCGAAGACUCUGGGUGUGAAGACGUCCAUCCUGAAGGGUGCACAGCUGCAAAGCUAAAAGCUUUGAGAUAUUGUCUGGAUUACCCUUGCAGCAGAGGAGGUUAAAGGAGGACUGUCCGGGCAUACAGUAGAGCUGUAGGGCCUGGAAAGCUGGCCGCUGUCGUUCCAAAUCUUUUAUUGUUUUGUUUUUUUGGACAAACAUGGAGAGGUCAAGACUUUGGUGCCACUCAGGUCUAUUGUGGUGGUACCAUGGAAGAAAAAAUGGACAGGUGGACAAAGAGAGAAAGCGUGUUUAUGAAAUUGUUGGAUGUGAAAAGCCUCGGAAUUGGCUUUCUAAUGGACUGCAAAGAUAUGGAUUUUAAAGAGUGACAUUUGGAAGAGCUUAUUGUUUUGAGGCCACAUGGAAAGUUUUCUUGAUUGAUGUCUUGAAAGAUUUCUUUAUUUUCUUGUAAAGCUGCUUUGAAACAAUGCAACAUUGUAAAAAGCGCUAUAUAAAUACAUUUGAAUUGCAUUGAAUUGGAAAGGUAAUAUUACAUGGACACUAAUGUAACUUGCUUUAUUGUGUCUGUGGGUUAAAGGACUUUCCUUGUUUGAUGAUGUAAUAAUGAAGUUGUAAGUAUUCACAAUGAAAUGUCAAAUUGUGGCAAAGAUGCAUAAAGCCACCUCUUGAAUUGAAAUAAAUACCUAAAAAAAAAUGCA